UUGAAAAGAAAGAGAGAGAGUUGUCUGUGAUUGGCCUCCGAAACCACCAACAAAAGGAAGAGUAAUCCAACGUCAGAGUGAUAAAUCCGGCGACACGUGGCCGACAUGCAGAUCAACAAGAACCAACCAGCGAUUAAUGGAAGAAGAAUCAGCGGAGAUAGUGGGGGGAAUCAUGAUGAAGGCUGCCAUUGGCGAUCUUUCAAUCUCCAGAAUCACAGGGACCCAGUAAACUCCCUUUUUCCCUCUCUUAGCUAUAGAGCAUUAAAUCCCAAAGCCCUAACCCCACCUCCGCAAUUUGUUUUCGUUUUUGUUUUUCCCUGUCUCACUUUAUAAUCUCGAUUCGAUUCCGUUUCAAAUUGAGCUUAAUUUCUGUAGUAGAUCAACGAGAACUAUUCUCUGUAUAUGGGAAUUAUUUCAGUGCAUAUCAAUGUUCUUGAUCUUGAUUAUGCAUGAUUUAUUUGUUGAUUCAAUCAUGGAUCAGAACACCAUUUUGCUCUAACUUUUUCAUUACAUUUCCGUUCUGUAUAUCUUCAAGCGGUUAAUGAUGGCGUUGCGUUAGAUUAUUACUAGGUUGACUAAUCAGGAGAUUCCAAACCCAUGUCCCUCUCCUUGUCCCCAUGCACUCAAUACCCAAUUUGCCUUUACUUGGCGUGCCUCACCAGUAGAUUUUUAACACCCAUUUUUUCCAUCAUAAAAUCUGAAUAAAUCAGCUUCUGAUUCCCAAACCCUUUUCACCAUUGAGCCAUUCUCAUCUUCUGCAUCAUAACAUAUGGCGCUGUGUUGUUGAAUCUGAAUCAGAAAAGCUUUUUCAGCUGUUUCGUCCGAUCACUUGGGGCUUUGUUUGGUGCUUCUGCAGCUUUUCCUGUUCGCUUUCCUUUUUUCUGGAAUUGGGGCUCUGUAGUUAAAUACCGGAGACUGAUGAAAAGAAAAGGCAAUUGUAGAAAUGAAGUUUAUGAAAUUGGGAACGAGGCCUGAUUCCUUCUACUCAGAAGCAGCUACCAGGACGGUUCUUUCCGACGUCCCCGGCAAUAUUGUUAUAUGCAUCGACAACGUUAGUUACCUUCUCCACAAGUUUCAGCUUCUACCAAAGUGUGGCCUCUUGCAACAUCUCUGCCCUGAAUCGGGAGAUUCUAACAUUGCCACUAUUGAGCUUCAUGAUGUUCCCGGAGGUGCAGAAGCAUUUGAACUCUGUGCUAAGUUUUGUUAUGGCAUGACCAUUAAUAUCAGUGCCCAUAAUCUCGUACCCGCAUUAUGUGCUGCUAAGUUCCUCCGCAUGACUGAAGCAGUGGAGAAGGGCAAUCUUGUUCUGAAGCUCGAGGCUUUCCUCCACUCAUGCAUUCUUGUUGGCUGGAAGGAUUCCAUUGUUACCCUACAAAGCACACUGAAGUUACCUGAAUGGUCUGAGAAUCUUGGAAUUGUCCGGAAGUGCAUCGAUUCAAUUGUCGAAAAAAUCCUAACACCACACUCGAAGGUAUCAUGGUCCUACACUUAUACAAGACCAGGUUACACGAAAAAGAACAGUCAAAGUGUCCCAAAAGAUUGGUGGACUGAGGAUUUGUCAGAUCUCGACAUCGAAUUGUUUCGCUGCAUAAUUUUGGCUGUUAGAUCUACAUACAUUUUGCCACCACAACUUAUUGGAGAAGCCCUGCACGUCUAUGCCUGUCGUUGGCUACCUGACACUGCAAAUGUCAAGCCUUCAGAGACGAAGAUUACAAAGAGCAAAGAAGAUCUGGAAAAGAAUCGACAAAUUCUCGAGAAAAUAGUCGGCAUGAUUCCUUCAGAUCGUGGGUCGGUUUCAGUUGGCUUCUUGCUCAGACUCCUUAACAUAGCAAACUAUCUCGCCGUGUCAUCAACGACAAAAACUGAACUAAUCCGGAGAUCGAGUCUGCAGUUUGAGGAGGCAAAAGUGAGUGACUUGCUCUUUCCUUCACAGUCAACCUCCAAUACACACUUCUAUGAUGUUGACUCUGUUGUGGCUGUGUUGGAAUGUCUUCGUGCGCUUUGGCGAAGGCAAUACUCUGGGGCUGCAGAAAACAGCCAUUUCUUGAGAUAUAUUAGAAAGGUGGGGAAGCUUGUCGAUUCAUAUCUACGAGUUGUCGUGAUGGAUAUCAAUAUGCCCGUAUCUAAAGUGAUACAACUCGUCGAAGCCCUGCCAGAUAUCGCUCGCCCUAACCAUGACGAUCUUUACAAAGCCAUAAACAUGUAUCUCAAGGAACAUCCUGAUUUGAGCAAGGCGGAUAAAAAGCGCCUUUGUCGAAUUCUAGACUGCCAAAAGUUAUCAUCAGAAGUCCGCGCCCAUGCUGUUAAGAACGAGCGAUUACCCUUGAGGACUGUUGUGCAGGUCCUGUUCUUUGAUCAAGAACAGGCAGCAAUCACCACUGACAAUCAUGGUAAGCUGAAACCAGAUAUCGACAAUGGUGUCGAGAAAGAAGCGAGAGACCGAACUGGCUUCUCUGAAAUCAGUGAGAGGGAUGGACAUAGAACAAGAAGAACAGAUGUGAAGCUGCUGCCGGCGGCUGAGAAGGAAAUGAAAGAUGAUAGAUCAGAAUUUGAUGUGAAGUCUGUGAAGAGUAGUAGGACUCGAGAGAUGAGCAGGGAAAUCAAGUCGUUGAGCAAGUCAGAGUCUAAGAAGAUGGCACCAAAGGGAAGCAGAUCAGAUCAUGGUGGUGAACAAAGACAGGUAAAAAGAUGAACAUCAAAAGACACCAUUUUUUUUUUCAUCGCAGUUUGUUUAUUUUUUUCUAUUAUGGUUUCAUUUCUGUUCUACUGUUCUUGAUCUAAUGCUCAAAAACAUGUUUUUCAUAGCUUUAAUAUAGGCAACUCUUGUCAAUUGGGCAAUUACAAAAUUUCUAUCUAUUAAACUGUAAUAAUAUCCCAUUUCUUGUGUGAAA